CAGGUCGCUGGACACGUGGGCACCCAGGUAGAUAGGUAAGGAGAGAUAACGGGUAAAAGAAAAAAGAAAAAAAAGUGUGCAGCAUGGAUGAACGUAUUUCAACCGGGAUACAAGCGAGAAUUCGCUUCUUCCCGCUGUUUGUAGCCAACGUAGCACUACUCCUGCUGGCGGGAGCCGAAGCACUGGGGCAACAGGAGCAUGCCCCCCCUCUGCGGCUCGUGUGUGAGCCUGCCCCUGCUGAGCCAGACGCUGGCGUGGCGUGCCCCAUGGGGCAGUCGGCAUCGGGCGGUAAAUUCACUCCCGUGGGUCCCACCGAUCCACGCGCUCCCACGCAGCUUCAAGAAGCAAUUCUGCAGCAGCGCGAAACCAUCAUUAACCAGAAGGAGGUCAUCAAGGAGCUGACGGCAAAGCUCAGCGGCUGCGAGGGUGGCCCAGCGGGAGGUGCUUCAGGUGGGCAGGGAGCCGUACGCCCGGCUCGUAUGAAGGGUCUGGCUCGCCCGCCCGUAAAGGAAACGAUGGGUGACCCGCCAGGAGCCUCCACAGACCACCUGGCACGUAGCCUGCUCGCUCUUUCCCAGCGGAUGGAGAUACUCGAGCAACAGCAGGAGAACGUGAGCGAGCGGCCGGUGAACGUAGCCGGACUGCAGGCGCUGCUGUCCGAGCACGUGGAGCAGCUGGGAGCGCGUCUCCUCGCCCGCGUGCAAGCGCAUCUCACGGGCCAGUUGCGCGCUCACAACGAGACGGUGGCGCAGCGGGCGGUGCUCGAGACGCAGUUCGCCGACCUUGCGCGAAAGGUGUCCGAAUUGGAGCGAGCAGGAGUGUCAGGCCUCAAUCCUCCGGGCGAGUUCAAACUAUCCUUACCACUCCGAACCAACUAUAUGUGCGGACGCUUUGAAGAGACGCUGCCUGAGCUGUACGCAGUGACCAUUUGCAUGUGGCUUCGGGCCGCCCCUGGAGCUGCUGGACUAGGAACGCCGUUUUCUUAUGCUGUUCCGGGCCAGGCCAAUGAGCUUGUGCUCAUUGAGUGGGGGAACCAUCCCAUGGAGUUUCUGGUCAACGAUAAGGUUGCCCAGCUACCGCUGUCUGUUAACGAUGGUGGUUGGCACCAUGUUUGUAUAACGUGGACCACUCGGGACGGUGUGUGGGAAGCCUUCCAAGACGGUGUACGCCGUGGUGUGGGAGAGGGACUCGCUCCCUGGCAUCCAAUUAAGCCGGGUGGUGUGCUCAUUUUGGGCCAAGAACAGGACACGGUGGGUGGGCGCUUUGACGCCACGCAGGCUUUUGUUGGGGAGCUCGCGUAUUUCAACCUUUGGGACCGCGUGCUGGCCCCUGCGGAGAUGGCCUCCAUGUGGAACUGCUCCAGCAACCCGUCUGGAAACAUCCUUUCUUGGACCAGUGAAAUGGUGCAGGUCGUCGGAGGCGCCGCCAUGAGGCCUCUGGAGCCAUGCCCUGAGCGUGUCUACUUGUAACCGCGAAAUCGUCGCAACGCCAUUCACAAUGUGCACACUAAAAGUGCAUGCCUGCAAAUACAACAUUUACAGUAAUCCAAAUUACGAGAAAACACCAUCACAACAGGAAAAUGCAUGCAGACUUGAAACAUAUUUGAGAGCAGAGCAGCGUUUAACUCGAAUUUUAUAUAGAUCUCUUUUAUGUCCAAUAGUUUUUUUUUUUGGGUUAGAUCGCAUGUGUCGUUAAAAACCGCCAUCACCCAACUAGUAAGGGUUGUUCGCUUAAACAGAACGUGGCCAAUUCGUCACUAGUACAGCACAGUAAUUACAACUUGCUUAAUCAGGCGACAGCCAGAUGUGGAGAAAUCCACCUAUUUUUUUCCUUAUAUAGAGGCGUAGAUGUGGUUGCAACGGUUCGUCCUUUUGGGACAUGCUUGAGGGUUUCAGUCUACACCCAAAACCCUAGGUAGCAUCGCUGUGGUUUAGAUUAUGGUGGGGCCCCCGUUUCACACGACGCCCCAAAUGACCGUUUGCAGAAUAAAAGACUGCUGCCAGUAUAUUCCAGAUUUAGCGUUUACUUUGAACUUAAAAAAUUUUGUCCAAGUUUUAAAUUGUCAAAUGGUAACAGGACUGCUACUUCUCCGGAGGAGUGCACACAUCACAAGCAAUUAUACCAACCCAAAUGUCCCUUGCAACAGCAAAAGUCACAACAACCCGACGACCACAGCGUCAGAUUUCCUCCACCACGAACACUGGGGGGAGCAAGCGGGGGAGCAAGCGGCUGAGCAACCCCCCGAAAAGGCACGCACGCAGUAUCACCCAGCUCUGGAACAGAUCAAACAAAACGUUGCAAGCACCACCUCAAAGGAUCACCUCCCUUCCUCCCCACACGUCCCAUCUGUCAACACCCCGCAGUCCUCACGAAGCGUUCCCUUCACGGCAACAGCGGGUGUGGUUCCCCGUGAUGCCCUACACCUGGCUCCAAAAACGAUGGGUGGAGACGACCCACUGGUGAAUGGACCAGCCGUCCACUGCAGAGCCCCAGUCUAUCGUGCCCACCGGCUAGCAAGUGGUUACACUGAAACUAUUUUUGUUCCUGGGUAGUGUCAUUUCCUAAUUGCUCAUGCCUCAAAAGUACAUAAAAUGGCUAUUAUUCCUCAUAAACUUUGCUUUUGUGACCAGGACAGUGAUAUUUUGAAAUGUACCCAUUUUCAAUGAGAAAACAUGCGCAUGUGUCUUUCGUUCACAAACUCCUGGUCACAAAAGCAAAGUGUGGGGAACAGCCAUUUUCUAUACCUUUUAUGCAUAAACAAUUUAAACAAUAUCUCUUAGUACCCAGGAACAACAUUUGUGUUGCAUAGUGUUAUCACCCCCAGGCUGGACUCCAAGGCGAUGGUCGCGGUGCUGAACCACAAACACGACUGGUUCCCAGGCCUUGGACAAGGAGGAGUUUUCCCGUGGUCGGUCGUCUCACAUCUCCAGCACAGCGGCCACAGGAGGCCCGCAAGAUGAUGAGGGCCACAGGAUAGAGUCCUCACCACUGCGGAUCCGUGGCGGGCCCUUUUAUUGAGUCACACCCUUGUUUUUUUUCCAAAUUGAUGAGCACGUUGUGCACAUGAGUCCAAACAAACCCUCGUGCUCCCGAGCUGAUCUAAUCCCACACACACCAGCAACCACUUUCGCACAAAGCCCCCCCCCCCCCCCGCGCAUCCCUCACUCCUCAAUCAAGAGACACCCUGCCCCCAAAGCUAUCACUCUGACUGCCACAGUGGUGGCCACAUUUCUGCGCUCUGGCGCAAAGUAGGGGGUGGGGGAUUAAUGAGUUAACGUACAUUAUGCAUGCGCAUUAUGCGAGCCCUUUGAUCUUGUCCUUUCUGUCCAUUGUGUGUUUUAAAAUCGUCGUAUUGAAGUAUGGUGUUCCUGUAUAGCCAUGCAUUUAAACAAUGUAUUAUUAUUUGUGAUUCGUUUCCGCGCAGCACUAAGUCGAUAGCUAUCCAAAAGAUUAUAGGGAUGUCAGACUCAUGUUAAAUAUAUAAGUCCUUACUAUUACCCUCGAUUAUUUUACAAAGUCAUUUCUGAUUUUUGAGAUUUCUUCUUUUAACAUACCUAAUAUAUUGUGCAAUAUGUACGUAUGUAUAUUGAACUUCUUUCGCACCGUAUAUAGCCAAGGGACCGUCCAUAAAUUACGUCACGUGAUUUUGGACGAUUUUUGCCCCCCCCCCUUCGUCACAAAAAAUCAGACCCCCCCCUCAAAUAUGACGUCACAAAG